AUGUCUCUCUCAAUCCUCCUUUCGCCAGCCGAUGGGAUAUACCGCCCUGGAUCGGCUGUGCGCGGCACAGUCUUUCUGACCUCCUUGACGUCCAUCGCCAUCGGCUCGAUCGACGUCACAUUGACCGGCUUCUCUCGAGUCACCUUGACGCAGAACUAUGGCGACCUCAACGUUUCCAAUUCGGACUACCACUCUCGAGCUGUUCUUUUCCAUCGCGACGCAGUACUGUACACCGGUGGCAAGUGGACGCACCAGGCCGGGCAGUACAGUUGGGAGUUUGAUGUCCAAGUCCCCUCGACUGCGGAGCGCAGAAACGGAUAUGCAUCGCAGUGUCCAUUUCUGGCCGGCGGAAAUGCGCCACCGGACCACAUUGAUCAAGACGCACGACGUCUGCCGCCAAGUAUGCUGUACACUUGUCGCAGGUUCGGCUGUCAGGUGGAAUACGUGUUGGAAGCGACCUUGACCUCGCCGGCCGGGAGUGCAGUGAGGCCGAAGAAACUCGCCGCGAAGACGAGCAUCCUCCUUCAGCCUGACCAAUGUUCGAGUGCCAGCCCAGACAGCCCUGAGAGACAGUCGUAUGUUCGGCACGAGCAGAUCGUGCAAAGCGCAAAGCUAAAGUCGAAUCCGUUGGAGCAGACGCCACUCUCACGCCUUCUCAAGCUGUCCAAAUCGAAUCAGCUUAGCACCCCCAAGACCAUCGCUUCAGGCAUAGUUCCCUCUCUCAACAUCUCUGUCCAUUUGCCCACGAAGAUCGAGGUCAUGGAAGACUAUUCGACAGUCAGCAUCUUGCUGUCAGCCAGGUUGGGCAACAGCGGCCGUCAAGAUGGAAUGGGCAACGGGCAAAGCCCGACUCGUUGUGCCGCGCCGACACUCACGAUGAAAGCCAUGAAAAUCGCAGUCACCCAAUUUACUCAUGUCCGAGCCGGACACCACACGUCAACCUCGACUCGAAAAACCUAUACGAGAAAGACGAACUGUUCGUUUCCAGUCCGCGUGUCCCCAAACGCAGAUGAGCGGGGCACAGAGAACGCCAGAGAUCAGGGCGCCAUCAAUCUUGGUCAAGUCACCGAGCUGCGUAUAGCCAAGGAAUUCCUUGUGGUUGAUUUCGCGACCAGUAACAUCUCCAUCGAACAUGCCCUGGAUAUAGAACUUGGCUUUGAGUAUGAAGGCAAGAGUUUCAAGUUCGUCCGCAGGGACGUCCCCAUCAAAGUGCUACCGAUGUCGACGCAGGGCGCAAGGCAGCGGCCGGAAACCGUCGGCAGUGGAGGCCUCGCCACGCGACCGUUCAACCGCGCCACUCUGUCCCAGACCGCAGUGGCUCAGCUUGAUCGUCCCGAGGAUACCUGGCUUGUGCCACCGCCAGAACCUGAAGGAAGCGGUGUCCUCGAACGCGAGACCGACGCAUGGUAUUCAAUUCCUCCGCCAAGGUAUAUGCUCAGGGUUGCGUGA